CCUCUCGGCCUCUGCGCGGCGCUCCGCGGGCUGCGGGCGUCAUGGGCGAGGCGGCGCCGCCACCAUGACCGCGGACCCGUCGGCGCAGCUCCCCGACAGCCUCCCCACGGACCAUGUUCCAUGCCUUUUUCAGAUCUACCUUACCAGUUCUGCCACUGCUCCUUGUUCUGUCUCCAGUGAAUUCAUCUAGUUGUGCAAUGGGAAAUAAAACAACUGAAAUCCGUGUGAAGUACGAGAAUAUACUAAGUCACGACAUCAAUGAGCUGGUAAAUAUGUCUGCAGAGAAUCGUGACAGGUGCUGCAAGAAUAAAAAAAAAGAAAAUAUCAAAGAGUUUUUCUGCAAUGAUACUGAGGAAAUAGAAUCACUACAGAGCAUGGCAUGCAACAUGCUCAGAUUCUUUAAUAAGACGAGAAUCAGCAAAGCCUUUAGAUGGAAAGCAGCAUUUGUCUCGUGUGGGACAUUACAGGUUCUACAGUGCAAAUGUGAAAGACCUAAAAAAGAAAAGGUUUGCCCACGUGUAUUUAAUACAGAAGAUACAGAGACAGGUAAACAGUCCAAAAAGAAAUGUAACCAAGAAGUUUGUGAACUGAAAGAAAAUAUAUCUAGCCUUCGAUCCUGCUGGAAUAAAUUUGAAAAAAUAAUUUCCAGGUGAUUCCAGGUGAAUCCUGCUCUUUUCUUUCAAAGUGGCAUUACUUGGUAUCUUUGCAUUUUAUAUGCAUUCUUCAAGUAAACUUGCUCGCUUAUAUGAACACUUUAUGCCAGAAUUCUGAUGGAAGGCCACUGCCUUGUUCCUGGAGAUAACAGAUAUGGCUGAACCAAGCUGCUGAACUCCAAGAAGUGGAAAUAGAAGACCAGCAUUUGAAACAAAGAACUCUGCAGAAAUCUGUGUCCAACCUUUGGGCUCUGGAAAUGACUUUGAAUUUUCUGACUUCUCAAGUAACUUUAUAAUACUGUCAUAUGAAAGCAACCACUUACAUGUCUACUGCAAUUUAUAAAAACAUCUUGGAAGCUGCAGGUGAAGAAAACAGUAUAAAAAAGUAGCUGGUUUCUUUAUAGCUAUGAAAAAGUUAUCAAGGACCAAAAGUAACAAUUUACCAAAGCAGCAGCUUAUCUUGAGUAUGUUCUCCUGACACAAAUGUUUUUGGUACGGGUCUGAUGGGUCUGCAAACUGAUUUGGGUUUGGAAAAACAGGGAGAAAUUUAGCUUUUUAAAAAACUUAGGAAGGGUACUGACUUUUAAGACAUGCAGCAUGCUUCUGCUGGCUGAAGCAGAGGCAAGACAGUGAGGCCCGUGGAAGAAGAAAAAGGACAUGCCUGAAUGUAAAUUUGUUCAGUUGACUGGAAACAGCACUAUCCUCAUACAUUUGGUCAACCCACAGGUAGCUGCAGGAGGAGCUAGAAUUCCUCAGCUUUGGACUAUGAUUUCUCAUAUACAAUUAUUUUAUAUAACAUGUUUUAAGAUGUUAGACAAACAUGACUUAAAAUGUGUGAAUAUUGUCAGAGAAUAAUAUAUUGGCAUUUAACUAAUAAAGUACUCA